UAAAACAACCGGGUUUUAAACCGGAACAGCACGUUAGCACGUUAGCACGACGACCACCGCUCGUGCGCCUGGGCCCGGUGAGCGGUUACCGCCGGGAAGUCACCGGCAGCACCGACGGCGGGUGUGUUACUCCCGGGGUGACCGGAUCGAUAGGUCUCUACUGCCGGUGAACACCGUGAACACCGUAAACACCGUAAACCCGGUAAUGUGACGGGAGCGGGAGGUUUGGUGCUACAGGAAGUGGAGCGACGUGACGUCACUGGUCCUCAACUUCAUCCCCUCCUGGCUGCUGACUGGUGUCCUUGAAGCGGUGGGAUGGCGAAGAGGAUCGCUGACAAGGAGCUCACGGACAGGAACUGGGACCAGGUGGAGGAGGAGGAGGAGGCCGGCUCCUUCCUGGUUGCGAGUGAAGACGUGUUGAAGAGCCGGCCGAUCAAGAAGGCCAAACGCAGGACCAUCGGAGAGGCCGACGGCAGCGGUUCCUUCAAAGGGUUCAAGGGGUUCUCCUUGAGCUCCUCUCCCACAGCGUUCUCCGGUUUCGGGAACGGGGGCGGCUUCACGGGCCUCAACGGAACCAGCAGCGCGGCGCCGUUCAAAGGCUUCUCUUCGCCCACGGCCACCCCGGGUCUGACGUUCACUGGCCCCGCCUCCUCUGACAUCACGGCCCAGCAGACCAAUGGCUGCGCCCCGAGCCCGGCUCCAAGCUCCGGCAGCAACAAGGAGUACAGCCGGCAGCUCACGGCGCUGAACUGCUCGGUGAGGGACUGGAUCACCAAGCACGUGAACGGGAACCCGCUGUGCGACCUCAACCCCAUCUUCAGGGACUACGAGCGCCACCUGGCGAGCAUCGAGCGGCAGUACGGCGCCGGGUCCUCCGACGGGGGCUCCAAAGAGGAGGAGGAGCUGCCGGCGGCGGCCCCCCUUCCUCCUCCUGCCGCCUCCUCCUCCUCCUCCUUGUUCUCCUUCAGUAAAACUCUGGCAGAAGACUCGGCCAAGAGCCCCGGAGUGUCGUUUAACUUCGGGCAGAAGGUGGACGCCUCGCUGCUCGGGUCCUUAGGGUCCAAGGCGACCCCCCCCAGCUUCUCCUUCUCCUCCAGCCAGACCUCCUUGUUCGGGGCUCCUGCUCCUCGGCCUCCAGACGAGAACGGAGAGGAGGAGUCGGAGGAGCCGCCCAAAGCCGACAUCAAGGAGGUGAAGGAGGACGACGCCUUCUACUCCAAGAAGUGUAAAUUGUUCUACAAGAAGGACUCAGAGUUCAAGGAGAAAGGAGUCGGGACGCUUCACCUCAAAGAGACCGGAGACGGGAAGGUCCAGAUGAUCAUCCGGGCCGACACCAACCUGGGGAAGAUCCUGCUGAACAUCCUGCUGCAGGCCUCCAUGCCGGUCUCCCGGGUGGGCCGGAACAACGUGAUGGUGGUCUGCGUACCGAACCCGACCCUGGACGAGCAGAACCCCGGCAGCCCAAUUCCCCUUCUGAUCCGGGUCAAGACCUCGGAGGACGCAGACGAGCUGCACGAGACGCUGCAGAAGAAGAGAGGCGGACCUUAACACACACACGCACACACACGUGAACACACACACGAACACACACACACACACGUCAACGCACAA